AGGGAGAGAGAUGCCAUCCAAAUUACCUACAGAAACAACCAGCACAGCUUCUCUCCUGGACUGCAAGGGCAGAAAAGGUCUUACUUCACUCCUACAUUUCUGCUUUCUUCCAGAAACAGAGAUGCCACCAAAUGCAGCAAUUCUCUCCAUCAGUAACUGAUCUACCCAGACCUUCCACAGCCAGACAGAACAGAUAUAACGCUUUUAGGCUGGCUCCAGAAGACUCAGACUGUGUUUGACUACCACCCUAUUGGAUAAAUAUUUUGGGAUUCAAGAUGAAUAAGACAAGGGCUGUUAAUGAUGUUUUUCAUUUCCUGAUCAACAAGAACUGGAGCUCAAGCCGAAGCUUUCCUAUGAACAUUUCUAAUCAGUGCAUGAACAUCACUGACCUUACUGUCUUUCUGGCCACCUCUUACAGCUUGGAAACUGUUCUGGGCAUUGUGGGAAACAUCUGUCUGAUUGCUGUCAUUGCCAGGCAGAAGGAAAAGGCAAAUGUCACCAAUAUCCUAAUUUCCAACUUAAUAAUUUCAGACUUGUUUAUGUGUCUUGUCUGCCUGCCUUUCACCGUUGUUUACACCAUGAUGGACUACUGGAUAUUUGGGGAAGUCAUGUGCAAAAUGACCUCUUUCACUCAGUGCACAACUGUGACAGUGUCAAUCCUUUCCCUUGUCCUUAUUGCUCUGGAAAGACACCAGCUCAUCAUAAACCCGACUGGCUGGAGGCCAAAUACCUCCCAAGCCUACCUAGGAAUCGGAGUGAUUUGGACUUUAGCAUGUCUCAUGUCCCUACCCUUUUUGACCACAUCCGUCUUGUCUAAUGAGUUGUAUGAGCAGCUCUCACACUUCAUGAAUUUUUCCACUGAUAAGGCAAUAUGUAUCAACUCGUGGCCUUCUGAGCAGCACAAACUUAUCUACACUACCACUUUACUGCUCCUGCAAUAUUGCAUGCCUCUGUUCUUCAUUAUCCUUUGCUACCUGCGUAUCUACUUACGCCUGCAGAAGAGAAAGGACAUGUUUGAGAAGAGCGAGUACAGCAACCGAGCAGUCCAGCUGAGAAGGAUAAACAUCUUGCUAGCAUCCAUGGUUGUUGCUUUUGCUGUUUGCUGGCUACCACUGCAUGUUUUCAACACCAUCGUGGACUGGAAUUACAAAAUCAUUUCGCCUUGCCACCACAACCUGAUCUUCUCAUUGUGCCACCUGGUAGCUAUGGCUUCUACCUGUGUCAACCCUGUUAUCUAUGGUUUCCUAAACAGCAAUUUCAAAAAAGAAGUGAAGUCACUGAUUCUGAGCUGCCAGCAUAAUUCAGUAACUGCCUCAAUGGAAGAAUAUGAUCAUUUGCCUUUAUCCACCAUGCAGACUGAAAUUUCCAAGGGGUCACUGAUGUUGAACUGCAGACACAAUUCUAUCUAACGAGCAGAAAACAUUUCAGAAGGGUGCACUGACACCACACACCAAUUAUUACCUGUGGGUAAUAAUAAAGCAACUGGCAAUGCCACAGCUGGGAUGUGAACAGGAAGCCAUCGCUACCUGAUUUUUUUGAAGAACAAGCAGAGUAAUGUUGUAAAUGUUCACAGUUGCUGCUGUGGUGCACAAGCUUUUUGUGUCACUGAGGUGGUACGGACACUGAGGAGACAGGAUGCUUUACAUCACUGAGGGCUGAUGUAAAGCAGCUGCUCUAAGAUCAGUGCCUAAGUUUGGGUGCACAGAGGCUGACAUGGGUUCAUCAGCAAAACUUGUAUCUCCACCAUGGCUGCAGUAGAAAACCAGAUUUCCAGUUUCAUCACUGCAGGCUGCCAAAAGUUGUGUUGGAGAAGACUCUCAGUUUUCCAGUAUUAGUAAGAUUUUUAUGCACAGCUGACACACCAGUGGAACAGAGUGUGAAUAUCAAUUUUUGUAAAUAUUUGUAAAUAUCAAUUAUGUAAAUAUAAUUUUUUUUUUACCAACUCUCACAGCCCAUUAAGUAACAGUAAUCUUUCAGAUCUUCACAUAAAACAACUGCCUGUUUCUAUGAAACUUCACUCUCUGCCAUAAGCUUGAGAAAAGUCAUUGCCUCUGCAAGUAAGGACAAGGAACAAUGACCCUGGUAUGUAAAGAGGGACAAGGAACAAUGACCCUGGUAUGUAAAGAGGACAGUCACUUAUGAAGGAUGGCAGCAAAUGAAAAUGUUAUUUGAUGGAUUAAACUCAUAAUACAUUGAGAUGAUACUGAGAACUGUUUUUAAGCACAUGAAAAACAGUUGUAGAUCUACAUGGAAAUGAGUCAGUUCUGGCUGCUGUCAGUCACAAAGCUCUGCAAUGCUACACCUUCACGCCAUGAUGGUACAAGAUGGCCAGAUUACAGGAGUUGUUCCAGGACCUGGUAGCAACAUGAUGUUCUGCUUCAGCACCUUCUUGGUACUUUAAUUGCAAAGUAUCUAAUUCAGAAGGUCAGAAUGAGCAUGAAAACCUGUUUGUGGAAAUAAUGUGUUUCCAGAGGGGCUAUACUUGCAAAGAAAUAAGCAUAUGCAUGGAGACUUUGAGUUUUCUUAAAAAAUAAAACCUGACGUCAGAUAUCAGUCCCACUCACUGGCAUCAGCAACACAGUUGAAGCUGAAUUUCAACAAAUCAAUAGAAGGUCAAUGAAAAUACACAGGUGGAAUCCAGGUCUGGCUGAAGCCAAGCCACAUAGGUAGUACUGUCAAUUGCUCUAGUAAAAUGACCUGGAUUCCUCUCUUAGUGAGAGACUUUGUGUGUGAUUACCUUUUGUAUCUUCCUCAAUAUUUGGAAAGACAUUUUUGUGGUUUUUUUUUCAAAUGGAUUUCAGCUUUCUUUUAUUUUCUUUGUUACUUGCUACACUGAGAAGUUGUUUCUCUUGAUUAGUUUGCAUGCAAUGUGAUUUCUAGACUGGACACAGUCUGCUAAAAACACAGAACAAGAGGACUCUUAUAUUAGCUGCAUCUUGAAAUUUGCUACUGUAGCCAAAACCACCAUAGGAUGCUGAGUAGCACAAAACACAGCAGCUCCUCCUAAUCAGUGUGAGUUAUAACAAAACUGUGUAUUACUUCAGGGCUUAAAUACUGUUUCAACUUUGUCGUUGUUUGGCAUUUAGAAUCAAUUUAAGUAAUUGAGUAAUUCUGCCUGUUUUUUGCACUUGUUAGAAUUCCAGUAUUUAGCUAGCUAAGGUGUCUGUAAAGCUAUUGUAAGAAUACUCUCCUAAACACAAACACAGAAAAUUAGCUGAUACAUGGCCUUAAGUAUAUAACUUUUCAAGCACCAGUGUCUUAAAUAGAAACAAAAUUACCUUUAACAUUUGGACUUCUAUGAACCUAUCUUUGUCAUUAGUUCUAGUGAAAACUGUUGGCAAAGUGCUUACAGUAUAGCAGAGACCUGCCACUGGAGCUCUGCACUGGCAUUGUGCACCAGAUCUGAGUUCUUCCUGCAGAGGGUAGAAAUAUGAGCGAGAUCUGACACUGUUUAGCUGUAAUUCACGUGGCCAUUUGUUUCCAUGAACGCAAGUAGAUACAUAAAGCAAGCAGAUCCAACUUUACAAUAACACAGACAAACACAAACGGAUGUUAUCUUCCUCUCAUGAUUAAGCAAAGUGUCAAGUUUGGAGUCAACUACUGUUUAUUGCUAACUGACUUUGGACUGGAUAAACUACAGGAUUUAAACACUAAAAGCCACCAAACUGCACCCAUACAUCUAACUGCAAAAAUGCAGAUCCUCAGAACUCUCAACCAGCUGCAGUCUAUCUGUCUACUUACUAUCUUGAGAUGCAUGUUUUUCAACCUCUACAACUUCCUAAGUAACUGAAUAAACUUUAAAGAAAACACAGAAAAAUAAAUAUAUCUAGGUACCAAAGGACUGAACAUGUAAGAGGAAAGGUGCCUGUACCAAUCCUUCAUUCUGUGCAUACACCAAGGCUUAUGCUGCUGCACACAACUGCAGUAGAGGAUAAUAUCCUGUUAGUUUUUUAAGAACUUCUGUAGCAAGUGUUCCCUGUUGCCUCUGAAGGCAAAGUCACAAGGCUGGGUGAAACUAUGCCUGCAUAGUUGAAAGAGCCGCUUUAUUUGUCACUUUGAGGCUUUAUGCAGCCAAGGGAGACUAGGUUUUUCUGGUCCCAGCAGAAGGUAACAGAACAGAAAUAGCUUACAUACCUCUCAUCCAUCUGUAAAUAACAGAUACUGUUAAUGUGUAAGAAACAUUGAGCAUUUCUGUGUUCAUUGUAUACAGUGAUGGUUUUGGGUAUACUCUUUACAAGUUCUGCUACUGAGUCACAAAAGCAAUGAUGGAGAAAUAGGCAGGAGUUGUGCACAUCAUGAGUUCCUACAAUUUUAAGACCUUACACUGCCUUUUUUAAAAAACUUUUUCAUAAUCUUGCCUCUUGUGAUACAUUACGAGAAGACAAUAAGGUUUUCAGAGCAAGAGAACAACUUAUUCUGUGAUAUAAAUAGCACACUAUAGGGAAUCUUAUAAUAACAAAUAAAGUAAUAUUGUCUGUGUCACUUCUCUGUCCCUCCUUCUCUAAAAUUAUGUAAUACUCUUAAUAGUAUAAAAUAUAUAAGGUUUAGUCCUCAACUAGUGUUUAUCAAGAGAAAAAAAAUGUAUGGUGUAAUAAGAGACACUGAUGUGUGAAGGAUUAACCAUUUGACACAUUAUUCCAAAGGACAAGGGUGCGGUGCGGCCGACAAAGGAGGACAGGCAAGUACCAAAAAUUCAACAUGGAACAUUGGAAUAUUCUGAUGCCAGAACUCAAAUCAUCACAGACUUUUCAGAUUGCACAAGAAGCUGGGUCCUGUAUGGCACAGUGUCCUGAACCCCAACCAGAACCACAGCCAGAAAGGAACUGACACUGCUGGGAUGAAAACCAAUGUGAGAUAUUUAACAGAAUUUUACUGAACUUCAUAAAAUGCUCUGAGUUAAAAGUAUUGGUAAAUUUCUCUGACUGGGUUACUUGGCUUGACAGAAAGUAAACCAAGGUACCAGAAAUGACUGCAGAUUGUGCUAUAAGCAGGUUUGGUUUAUUACACUUGCACACACAAGGGAAGAGUGCAACAGCAGUGUCUGCCUGCCUGGAUGGUGGCGUGUGGCAUGAGCUGCCACAGGGCUUGGCAGCAAUGCUGUGACAGCCAUCAGUCACAUCUGCAGCAUGGGUCUGCUGUGCGCAAACACAGAGUGCACACACAUCUGAGGAUUGACACUCAGUGAGAGAUUACUGUGAAAUAAGAUGUCAUACCCUGAGGACCCCUUCAGAGAUCCUUUUGCAUUGACCCACAUGUCUUCUCACAAGAUCACCUGGCAUUUCAUUUUGCAGACCAUUCUCUUCAAGUUUCUUAUCGAUCAAACACUGUCCUGAUUUUCAUACCAGUAUUGAUUUCAAUGUAAAUUGUUGAUGCUUAGUACAAUGUGUAAUCUGGACUUAUAUUGUAUGAGCAUCAAAAUCCACAGAGCUUUUAUGAUCUUCCCUCCCUUUCUCAGUUUGCUCUAUAAAGUCACUUAUUUAAACUCAGGAAGUUGUAAGUAGAAUAAGCCUGAGAUUUAUACAUCUGUACUAUGCCUUUCCUGCCAGACAAUGCUCAUUAGGCCUUUGUCAGAAUUGUU